AUGACCAUAGCCCUUCGUCAAGACUAUGUCGAAGUCAACAUUCAGGACGCGAAAAAACAACGAACACUUCUACCAAUUGCGGCUACGCGGAACCACAUCCAGAUUGUCCGUCUUCUGCUCGCCGACAGCCGCACCGACGUGAAAAUCCCGGACGUCUACGGUCAGACGCCGUUAAAUGGCGCCAUCCAGGCCCGGCAGGCGAGGCUACCUGUUGCUGCUCUCAACAAUCGGAUUAUCCCUAGCUGCUGUGACACCAGUGGAUGCACCAUCCUUCAUUUGCCGCAGAAGCCGGCCUCGUUAGUGUUUCCCGCUGCUUGCUGA